AUGGAUAACCCAAGACAAAAUAACAAUAAUAAUAAUACUAAUAGAAGAAGAAAUAAUAAUUCUUCGAAGCCAGAUGGCCCUAAAAGAGAAGCCAUUUUGGACUUGAACAAUUACAAAGAUAAGCAGAUAAGAGUUAAGUUUAUAGGCGGUAGACAGGUUAUUGGAGUUUUAAAGGGAUUUGACCAGUUGAUGAAUUUAGUGUUGGAAGAUGUUAAGGAAAAUAUUAGAGACCCAGAAGACGAUAAUGUUUUGACCGACAAGACUAGAGACAUAGGCUUUGUGGUAGUAAGAGGCCCAUCAUUAUUGACCAUUUCUCCAGUCGAUGGCAGUGAAAUAAUCGAUAAUCCUUUUGCCAACCAAGAAGAAUAA